CUAUACGACCCCCAAAUCAUAUGCAUCUUUAUUUUAUGUAGUAUUAUAUAAGGCAUAUAAUACCUUUUCUCUUGUUUUCCUAAUUUUUACUGGGUUGCCUUGGAACUAAUACUAGGACAUUGGAUCUGACAUUGUUGGUUGUCUACAAGUCAUUCCACAUUAUUUCCCCACUCUCAGGCUUUGGGAAUGACACUAGACACACCUAGGCACCUAGGACAUGAAAAACAAACCCAUAAUCAGAAAACAUUUGAAUCCCAAAUAGGACAAUUCACUGCCUUUUCAGGAUGGAAGGACUCCAGUGAAAUCAACCUGCCAAAGGAAUCUAGUUAAUCUCAGCAAAAAAAAAAGGUACUAUAUUGAGUGCUCUGCAUUGAUCUCUACUUCUGAAAGAUCAGAUAUUUAGCAGUAGUUUGCUCAGCCUUGGUGAGAGAGAACCCAUGCUGUCAGGCCCAUGAAUAGUCUCCAUCCCAACCACAAUGGCUACUCCGUUCUUGGGCUUGUGAGGCCAAGGCUGAUAUACACUGGAUGAAUGGUUCUGUCCACCUGAAUGCCCCUUGCCUCUUCUGUGGUAGCUGCUCUUUGAUGGACCCUGACAGAAGACUCAAAGAUCUGUACAAUUUGUGCCUGCUACCAUGUAUCCAGCCAUGUGCUUCUUUCCCAGACUUCCUCAGCACCAGUCAUCCAGUCUUGCUCCAACCAGCCAGACUAUUUGCCAGUCUUCGAGAGUAUGGGUAUAUCCUUACCUCAGAUCGCUUUUCCUGCCACAAAGAUGAUGAACAAGUGUACAAUUUAAAGCCCUACUCACUUGGAGGAUUUCUCCCUCACCAUUGUCUUACAGAGUGGAGUUGAGUUGUACUGGCCACAGAGGACACUGGACAACAUUAGACGAGCAUGAUCACAACUAUGAGCACCAGCAGGAUAGUCAAUCCCACUUGGAGGGAAGACUGCAACCAGGCUCCCCAUCCAGAGCCACUCCAGGACACCAGUUUUUGGAUUAGGGCCCACUCUAAUCCAGCAUGACAUCAUUUUAACCUAAUUACAUCUACCAAGACUCUUCAAAUAUGGUCACCUUCUGAUGUUGCGGACGGACAUGAAUUUGGAGGUGAGGGGGCACUAUACUAUUCACCACAAAGCACAAAAUCAACCUGCUUAUAACUGUGUAGUUCACAUUUCCCCAAUGAUCCCUAAAAUUCCUUUAUAGGUUAUUCUUUUAAACAGAUUCACUCAACGACCCUGCAUCCCACUGCGGUGUUUUGCAGUCUCUUGCAGUCCUGAAAGAACCAGCCUCAAGGAGCUCCAGAGCCUAGCCACGCGGGGUAGAGAAGCCUCCUCUUUCAUGCAUAACCCUUUAAACCCUCCGGGAGGGCGUAUCACCAGGUCUUAUGGGAAAUGUAGUCCUACGUUCCCUGGCUCACACUGCGCGUGGUUCGGAAAGCCCCUCUGCCGCGGCUCGUCCUGCGCACAUGCAGUUCAGUAGCCACGGUGUCUCGCUUUUCCGUGUCUUGCGGAGAAAAUCCUGGAGCGUCCAGGUCUGCGCGUGCUCAGGGAGCAAGCGGGUGCUGCCUGAGUCAGAGCUGCGGGUGAGCCCGAGUUGGGUGAGGGCUGAGGGGUGCCGGUGCGGCUUAAGGACUGGUGGGAGGUGGCAGGGGGGAGGAACCCCGCGGUGUGACCCACGGUGAGAGAGCCUGCGAGGAAGGAUGGGGCGGCCUCGGCUGCGAGGAGCGAUGGCGGGGUCGGGGCGCCUCUGUCAGGGGAAGGGGCGGCCUCGGUCGUGGGGAUGCGGACGUACGGAACCCCGAGAGGCUGCCGAGUCCACGCGACUGCGGGAGGGGGGGCGUGAGUUUUGUAUCCAGGCGGAGCCAGGUGUAAACUAAUUACUGCUGGCAAGAUGAUUGACCUACCUGAGACGAGGUUUUCUCAUCUGUAAAAUGAGAAUAUUGAUAUGUACCACACGGGGUUCUGAGGAUUAAGUUUUUACAUACGUUUUGAAAAUAUGGACGUAAAGUUUUUACAUAUAGCACAGAACUUAUAGUUGAUACUAGCUGAUAAGGUGUUUGGAAGAUACUUUGUUGUUUUCAUUAGCUGUUUUGUUUAAUCUUCACAACAGCCUUUAUGUAACUGUUUUCUAUUUUGACAAAAAAGGAAAACUGAGGCUCAGAGGGUUCAAGUGAAAUGCACCAGGUCACACAGCCACGGUAGAUAUCCAGCCUAAAACCAGCAUUGUAUUCCUCACAGCACCUCCCGCGGGACACAGGGAAAUAAUCCCAAAGUGUGUGGACUGAAUCUCACCUUGUGGUCAGCCUAGGUUCCUGUUCCUUUGCAAGUAGCAAUCUUUAUCCUGCUCAGAAUGAGCAAUCGUUGGCUAAUAUCACCACAUCCAGAAGACCUCACCAUGAUGGUGAAAGGUCUGGACCAAGUUUCAGGAAAGAUAGCUGUACAUACAGCCUUCUCUGUACUUUCCCAAAAGGAACAGAAAAAGAACAAGUCCCCGGGAUCAAUUUCAUUUGAGGAUGUGACUGUGAACUUCACUCAGGAGGAGUGGGGUCAGCUGGACCCUGAUCAGAGGACCUUGUGCAGGGCAUUGCAUUACCAAACCAGAGGAGAUCUUCAAGUUAGAGCAAGAAGCACCAUGGAUAUUAGAGGAAGAAUUUGCAAGCCAUUAUUACCCAGAUGAAUUGAAAGUUGAUGGCAUGAUAAAGAGCAAAGAAAACCAAGACAGACAUUUAUGGCAGGCUGCAUUUAUGAAUAACAAAAAAGUCAUUACUGUGAAAGAGAAUGUAUUAAGAAAACCAUUUAAUUUUUGCAUGGACUCUCUUCCUUCCAGAAGAAUGCCCAGUAAAUAUAACCUAGGUGGAAUCAGUUUAGAAAAUAUAUCAGAGUUAACCGAUAAUAAUAGAAACUAUUCAGGAAAGAAAUCUGAUGAUACCAAUGGGUGUGAGAAAUUGAUUCCUGAAAUUAAUCAUGAGAAAACUCAUACUGGAGAGAAACUUAAUGAAUUUAAUAAAAAUGAGAGCACUUGCUAUCAUAAUGAGGAUUUUAUUCAGCAACAGGAGAGUCACAGUGUGGAGUAACUAUUUGAAUAUAAUGAACACAUUAAAGCCUUCCACAGUAAUGCCCUCUUCAUUACUCAAGAGGGAACUCACACAAGUGAGAAACUCUGUGAUUAUGGUGAAUGUGAGAAAACCAUCAAGGAUGAGUCAAACCUCAUGUUACAU